AUGGGUGAUAUGAAUGCGAAGGUUGGUAACAACAACGUAGGAAAUGAGUUUAUAAUGGGGAAAGAAGGACUCGGGGAGAUGAAUGACAAUGGAGAGCUAUUCACUGACUUCUGCGGACAGAAUGACCUUGUGAUAGGAGGAUCCAUCUUCCCCCACAAGAAUAUCCAUAAGUCAACUUGGACAUCCCCAGAUCAUACAGUGAAUAACCAGAUUGAUCACGUGACGAUCUCACGCAGAUGGAGAAGAACCCUCACAGAUGUCAGGGCCUACCGCAGUGCAGAUGCUGGGUCAGACCACCAACUGGUAAUAGCGAAGCUGCAAGUACGCAUUGCCCGCGUUAAGAAGUCAGAACAGCAACGCCAACCCAGAUUUGACACUACCAAGCUACGAGGAGAAGAGGUGAAAAACUACUUUAAGAUAUCUUUCGAGAACAGGUACCAGGCCUUGGCAGACCUAGUGGAUGGCUCACUGGAAAAGAAGUGGGAGAGGGUUAGAUGUACGUUCACCGACACCUGCAGGGAAGAACUAGGGCACAGAAAACGGACAUACAAGACCUGGCUUUAAGAUGGCACCAUCAUAAAGAUAGAAGAAAGGCGGACAGUUAGACAGCGCCUGCUCCAAGCCAAAACAAGGGCACAAAAACACGCCAUCCAACAAGAGUACUCCGUCUUAAAUAGACAGGUAAAAAGUAGCGCCUGGGCUGACAAGAGAACCCAGGUAGAUAAACUGGCAGAAGAGGCACAGACAGCAGCCCAUAGAAAUGACAUGAAGACACUGUAUACUAUCACCAGACAGCUGACAGGCAGGAAGGGAAGAGGAACCAACAACAAGCCAGUAAAGGAUAAAGAUGGAAACGUCCUAUCCAAACCAGCGGAACAGAUGGACCGAUGGAGAGAGCACUUUGACACUCUUCUAAGUGGUACACCUGUUAUAGAUCCACCACAGUUAGAGGCUGGAGAAGUGCUUGAGAUAGACAAAGAACCCAUAACCAGGGAAAAAGUUAUCUCAGCCAUCAAUAAGCUGAAGAAUGGAAAGGCUCCGGGACCUGAGAACAUCCCACCAGAGGCACUAAAGACAUCAGCAGCAGUUACAGCUGACAUCAUUCAGGGCCUACUACAGACUAUCUGGGAUGAAAAGACAGUACCAGCUGAAUGGCAGAAUGGGUACAUCGUCAAGCUGCCAAAGAAAGGUGAUCUCAGCGAUUGUCAGAACUGGCGUGGAAUCCAACUGCUCUCCAUACCUAGUAAAAUCCUCACUUCAUCCUAGAGAGGAUGAAGAAGGCAUAGACUCACAAUUGAGGGAAGAACAAGCAGGCUUCAGACCUGGAAGAUCUUGUACAGACCAGAUAGCUACUCUCCGUAUAAUCAUAAAACAGUCUAUAGAAUGGCGAUCCUCACUUUAUGUCACCUUCAUUGACUUCAAAAAGGCCUUCGACAUGAUAGACAGGACCGCAAUCUGGAGCAUACUCGCACACUACGGUAUCCCAGACAAGAUCGUCAACAUUAUUCGGAGCAUGUACAACAACAACACCUGUCAAGCCAUCCAUGACCUGAACCUUACAGAUCCCUUUGUUGUCAACAACGGAGUACGACAAGGAUGUCUACUGUCUCCUCUCAUCUUCUCAUUGGUGAUUGACUGGGUGAUGAGAACAAUAAUGGAGCAACAUAGAGGGAUCCAAUGGACACUUACCAAACGACUCGAAGACUUGGACUUCGCAGACGACAUCGGUCUCCUGUCUCACACCCACAGACAGAUACAAGAGAAGAUAGAGCAUUUACAAGCUGUAGGAAGACGAACUGGCCUGGAAGUGAACAGAAAUAAGACAAAAAGCCUGCGGAUCACAAGCGGCCCAGGAUACAGGAUAUAUCUUCAUAGAAGGGGAACCUAUAGAAGAUGUACCCCAGUUCGCAUACCUCGGCAGUGAAGUCAGUAAGACAGGGGGCACAGAAGAAGAUAUAAGGUCCAGAAAAGGAAAAGCUAGGUACGCUUUCAUCACUUUAAAGCCAAUCUGGGACAACAGGGCCAUACACCUCCGGACAAAGAUCAUGCUGUUUAACACCAAUGUUAAAACAGUUCUGUUAUACGGCUCAGAGACCAGGAGACGCACAAAGGCACUAGACAAGAAACUCCAGGUCUUCAUCAAUACAAGCCUGAGAAGAAUCCUCCGCAUCAGAUGGCCGGAACGAAUCUCAAACCAGGAGUUGUGGCAAAGAACCAACCAAAGGCCAAUUGCGGAAGAAACCCAGAUGAAGAAAUGGAGAUGGAUUGGCCACAACAUUAGAAGAUGGCAAUCAUGCACAGCCCGUCAUUCUCUGGACUGGAACCCGCAAGGAAGUCGCAGAUAAGGUCGUCCCGUGAAGACAUGGUGGAAGACCCUAGACUCCGAGCUACGAAAAAUCCAGAUGUCUUGAGGAGAAGCUAAACAGGUUGCCAUGAACCGUACCAGAUGGAGAGCUGUUGUGAAGGCCCUAUGUCCCUCCAGUGAUGGAGAGGACUAAGUAAGUAAGUAAAAUUAUCAGUUUCCGGUAUAAAAUCUGGAAAGUAGAUCUCUCGGAAGCACCGAAAACAAAGCAAACAGUGAAAAUUGCAGACUCGGUUUGAUUGAGUCUGUUCAUGAGCAGUAAUGGAAAAUGCAACACAGCCAUACUUGUCCUAAGUCCUAUAAAAUCUCAUACUGUGAGUUGUCGCACGAGCAAUGUUCAUUGUUAUUAUCAUGCUUGUCACAAGCAGUGUCAUUGUGAACUCUAAAAAAUGAUUUCAUCAAAUGUCCGAAGGACGAUUGUGAGGGUCAUCAUAUUGAUUUGACUAAUCACUAAGAAUUACAGAGUGUAGAGUUAUCAUACAGUAAAUUAUCAGUUUCCGUUAUAAACCAUAGUCCUAAGUCCUUUAAAAUCUCAUACUAUGAGUUGUCGCACGAGCAAUGUUCGUUGUUAUCAUCAUGCCUGUCACAAGCAGUGUCAUUGCGAACUCUCAAAACAGAUCACAUCAAAUGUCCGAAGGACGAGUGUGAGGGUUAUACUAUUGAUUUGACUGCUGAGUUUAGAGUUAUCAGGCAGACAAUUUGUCAGUUUCUGGUAUAAACCAUACUUGUCCUAAGUCCUGUAAAAUCUCAUACUGUGAGUUGUCGCACGAGCAAUGUUCAUUGUUAUCAUCAUGCUUGUCACAAGCAGUGUCAUUGCGAACUCUGGAAAUAGAUCUCAUCAAAUGUAUGAAGGACGAUUGUGAGGGUCAUAAUAUUGAUUUGACUAAUCAUAAAGAAUUGCAGAGUUUAGAGUUAUCAGGCAGUAAAUUAUCAGUUUCUGGUAUAAACCAUACAUGUCCUAAGUCCUGUAAAAUCUCACACUGUGAGUUGUCGCACGAGCGAUGUUCAUUGUUAUCAUCAUGGUUAUCAUUUGGUGCAUUCUCACAUAAUGAAUAUUUUAAGCUGUUCGAUUCAAUGGUUAAACCCAUACUUACUUAUGGGGCUGUAAUAUAUGGAACAGAAGUAUGUCACAUAUUGGAGCAGGUUCAGAUUCAAUAUUGUAAGCAGUUUUUGGGAAUCAAUAAUUACGUAAAUGAUAGUGUUGCCCUUGGUGAAUGUGGCAGAUUACCUUUGUGCAUUGAUCAUCAUGUAAAAUGUAUUAAAUACUGGUGUAAAUUACUUGCUAUGUCUGACGCACGAUAUCUCAAAAAUUGUAAUAUUAUGUUGAAAAGGCACGAUGAAAUAGGAAGACAGAAUUGGGCUAGCGCUGUCAAAAAUUUGUUGUAACGCUAUGGCUUUGGUUUUGUAUGGCUAAGUCAAGAGGUCGGUGAUGUUAGCAAUUUUAUUUGUGUCUUUAAACAAAGAUUAAUUGACUGUAUGAAUCAAAUGUGGCAUGUUAAUAUUCAUAGCUCGACUCGUUGUGAUACAUACAAACAUUUUAAAACUUGUUUAAAUCCCGAAAGGUAUUUGUGCUUGAACUUGCCAUUUUAUGUUAGAAAUCACUUGCAAGAUUUAGAUGUUCUAGCCAUUAAAUUUGCUAUUGAGACUGGUCGCCAUUUUGCAAUUCCAAGAGAAGAUCGAAUAUGUAGAUACUGUUUCAUUAAUUUUGAUAUUGAAUGCAUAGAAGAUGAAUUCCACGUAUUUUUUAAAUGUUACAAAUAUAGGCAAGAAAGACAAAUUUUUAUAUAUUCCUUGUAUGCUGGCGGAAAUGAAUUCCCUCAUUUUAUUAAUCUCAUGCAAUCUUCAAAUGAUGAUAGAAUUAAAUACAUUGCUUUUUAUGUUAACGCUAUUAUGAAGCUAAAGGAUAAUGAAGAGUUACAUUUCUGUGCACAAUUCAUAUUAUUAUAUUUGUUUUAUUGUAAUAUUGUAUUAUGGGCCGGAGGCCUUUAUUUACAAAAUAAACUUUGUUCUUGUU